AUGUUGAACAAAAAUUGGGUGAAACUAAACAGAGCUACAAAAGAGUACACGGAUGCGGCAUGGGACUUUGUGAAAAUGGUAGAAAGAAAUUAUGGUUUUCCAAAUAAAAUUAUCUGUCCUUGUAAGAAGUGUCGAAACUUAAAUCAUCAUAAGGUGGACAAAGAUUGGGAACGAGACUGGUGUAUGAAAGUAAUGGGAGACCUGUGGAGAUCUUCCAAGUCCAGGCUAGUUACUAAGCUGAACGAGCUACCAAAUGAACAAGAACGACUAAAAUUAAAGCCUGAUAAUAUCAAAUCAGAAACUGAAUGGAGAGUAUUUGUGCGUGAAAAAACCAGUAAACAAUUUCAGAGUAGGGAAAGUUCAAAACCUGUAACAAGAGUUCAAGCUUUCUUAAAGACACACACAAAGAAGAAUGGUGAACCUGUGAAUGCUCAAGCUGCUGAAGUUAUUGAGAAGCUACAAGUUCUUGCAAAUGAAAAACCAGAUUCAUGCACAACACAGAAUACUGUACAAGAUGCUCUCACUAUCAUAUUUGGUCCUGACAAGAAUGGUAGAUCAUUAGCUAAUGGGAGGGGAGUAACUAAUACAAAGUUAGCUAUUCUAAGAGCAAGAGAUGACCAUAUUUCACAAUUGGAAUCAAGUCAAUGUGAGAUGAAGAAUAAAAUGUCUGAGAUGAUGAAUCUUAUUAAUACUAUUGCAAAAAGUGUAAACAUUCAGGGGUUUACUCAACCAAGUGAAGCGGAGUCACACAUGCCUUCUCCUAUGAGUGUUAAUAAUCUGAAGUUCACUCCUGAAAACAAUGCUUGCAAUUUACUUGAUUGGAAUGGAAGUGGAGAAAUUGUUGCAGAAGGUCGAUGGUCUUCUAGUGAUCCUUUAUGUGAGGUGCAUCAUCUUCGUCUUGGGCCUAAUGCAAUGAGAGUUUGGGUUGAUGUUGCUAAGAAACCUACUGCAUAUUUAUGGAGACCAACAUCACAUAUGAGUACAAUUGAAGAAGCGGUUGGUUGCACUGUUGCUUGGCCUUCUAAUAAAGUUACAAUGAGAUAUCUUUGGUGCACAACUAAUGAAUGA